GGCUCCCAGUAAUCCUCAUUGCUACACUGAGACACAGACACACAAGAUCCGCCGGGAUUCCUCCUGAUAUUCAGCAUCACUCGUGCGGUCGGAAUGGAGAUGCUGAAUAAUCGACUAAAAUAAGGAAAAGUCCUCGCAGAGAUCAAGAUGGUGUCGUGGAUCAUUUCGCGGAUGGUGGUCCUGGCCUUCGGGACCCUCUAUCCAGCCUAUUCAUCUUAUAAGGCUGUGAAGACGAAAAACGUCAAGGAGUAUGUGAAAUGGAUGAUGUACUGGAUCGUGUUUGCGUUAUUUAUGACAGCAGAGACGAUCACAGAUAUGCUUCUCUCUUGGUUUCCAUUUUAUUUUGAGCUGAAGAUUGCCUUUGUGAUCUGGCUGUUGUCCCCGUACACCAAGGGCUCCAGUGUGCUGUACCGCAAGUUUGUGCACCCCACGCUUUCCAAUAAAGAAAGGGAAAUUGAUGAGUACAUAACCCAGGCUAAAGACCGCAGUUAUGAGACCAUGAUGCGGUUUGGGAAGAGAGGACUCAACAUUGCAGCCACUGCAGCAGUCACAGCAGCCUCAAAGGGUCAGGGUGUGUUAUCAGAGAAGCUGCGCAGUUUCAGCAUGCAGGAUCUGACUCUGAUUCAGAACGAAGACGAGCUGCAGCUGGACAGCACAGACAACACACACACUGCAGCCACGCUACCUCGGGCUAAAACAGUCACGCGCACAGUUCAUGCCGCAGCCAUACCGGCUGACACUGAAUCACAGCACAGCUCUCGCUCUGAGGACCAGUCCGAAAGCAGGACGGAUCAUUCAGAUGAAGAUGCAGCAGAUAAGGCCCCCAAACGCACCGCAAGCGUCAAAGCAGCCAAGAAACCAGUCACUGCCAAGACAGAGACCACCAAGACAGUGAAGAAACCGCCAAAGAAGAAAACCAACACCACGGCCAACAACAAUGCUGAAUCACCAUGAGUCACAUUGCGUUUAUCCAUCCCUGGACAACACACACAUUCACAUGCUUUCCCAUACUAACAUUAGUGCUCUUUGCUUUUAUAGAAACAUACUGACCCUUGCAAAUACACACAUGCACAUAAGAUGCAUCGCCUAGGGCUGUUUUUAUCUAGUAGGUUUAAGUUAAGGUGAGUAAGUUAAGACGUCUGGCUUCAUGCAUUCAUUUUUUGUGUUGUGCAUGUGUUUCAAGGAAGGCUGGGUCUUGUCUUAUUCUCUGUAGGCCUUAAUAUUAGAGGGCAUCUCUGUAAAGCAUAAGAUCAGAAAGCAGUGCCUGCACAUGAUCAUACAUCAUCACUACUGAACCCACAGUAUAUCCCUUAUAACCACAGAUUUCAUGCUUGUUUUCCAUAAUAGAGGCCAUUUCGCUUUAUUUAGCAUGUAGGACACACACUAUGGGACGAACAAGAAAUGGGAACAGAAAAAUGGGGCUAUUAAAUGAAUAGACUUGAUUUACAGCACAGUGUCCAUAGAGAGUUCUGGAGGCGCCCAGAGCAGUUCUGUUCUCGUUCCGGGUCACAGAACAUCCCGAGCCCGAGAUUUGUUGUGAAUAUUCAUGAUCAGAGAGGUCAGAUGUCUACUGGAAGCUGCAGGCACUCAAACGCUCUUGCCGUUAAUAGUGCUUUUGUCAGCUGGAGGCGUUCAGAGCACAUGAGCUGUCCCUUGUGCUAAUUUUACAUUCGUGUAGCGCGAUGUUACACAUUUUGAACAUUUAUAAGACAUUUAUCCAAGUGGUAGAUGAGAUGGCAGGUGUCAUCUGGUGUUUUGGUAGGGCGCAAGAUAAAAACAGAAUCACAUGUUGGCCAGUAAAGGACAAGAUGCCUCUGUCUUGAGUAGUCGGUUUCUGAAGACUGAUGAUUUUAAGUCUGCUGUUUCAGUUCUGGGCUUUCUGUUGUUGUGACUUGCUUAUCAAACUCAAAUAUUCCAUAUCAGUUUGUAAAAAAAAGUACUAAACACUCUGCAACGCAAAGCAUAGAGAGUUGGCAGAUCAUUCAUUGUGGUGAAACGGUCAACCCUCCUUGUUGAAAAUCAUCUUAAAAGGUGCUUUUAGAAUAUAUGCUGGUUUAAAACCCUCUGGUCCUUUUUUAAAAGUCAUCUAUACAAUUUUUUUAAUUAGAUCCUGUGAACCAAGGUCAUUUGAAACCCUAAAUCCAGAUGUGCGCAGUUGUGUUUCCCAGCACAGCUGUUCAGAAUCUAAAGAUUUGGCGUUUGGUACUGAUCUUGACUUCAACUGCAGUUUGAAGUAUGCAAUACUACUGAGAGCUUGUAGGUGGCGCUGUUGUACAGGAAAAGAGCACAGUGCUCUCUUCCUGUCAGAUUGAAUGAUUACACACCGGUGGAGAGAGGUUUUGAAUUAUAAUGUAUUUAAAUCAGUUUGUCAAAUAGCUGAAAUUUGCCUGAAACGUUCUUUUGUAUAAUAUUAUUGACUGUACAAAAUGUCUGCCUUACUCUGAUAGGCUUUUUAAGUUGAACAUUUUUCUUUUUUGAAGUUUACAUUUAGUUUGUCAAUUUAGUAUAGGGUAAGAUGUACAGAAAAGUGCUGUUUUGUGCAUAUUUGUGUGGCGUUUUAAUUUACAAGGUUGUGUCUUCUCUGCCUUUUUUGUAUAGGAGUGAGAGAUGGCUGUUUGCUCUUAGGAAGAAAAGGGGACAGUUGUGUGUGGGAAGGACUGAUGAUCAUUUUACAGUUCAUUUUAACAUACAGUCAGUCUUACAUUUAGCAGUUAUUAGCAGAUAGAUGUUUCGGUAGAAACGACAUCUGUCGUCAUGACACAUUGCUGUCUUAACUAUCAUCAUGAUUUUUUUUGACAUUUUCUGUGUCUGAGUCUCCUGAGUAAUUCGGUUUUUAAAAAGAAUCUUUAUUUGAGAUUUUUUCCCCUUUUAAUUAAAUGCUAGUGUGGUUGAUGUUCACCAGCCCACACAGAAACGACAAGUCAGUCUCACUUCUCAUUCUUUCUUUGUUCCACACUGCUUUUUGCUUCUUUCCCCCCUUGUUCAGUAUUUCUUAUUUGCAUAAAUAAAAAUGACAAUGUCUUUUUUUAUUAUUCACCAAGGCCCACACUGAAAGAGACAUGACAAACUGAACAUAUUUUCUUUUAUGUUUUCUGUAGUGUGUUGGAAAUUGGUAUUAUUGCAUAUACAGAUUUGAACUGGGAGUUGACAUUAAUAUAUUGUUUGUGCCAAUUCUCAAUGCUCUUACUAUAUUAAAAGAAUGAAAAAGAAAGAGAUUGCUGCUAAGUGUGUACUAACUGACCUUGAAUUAUUAUUCAAUAAAAUGCAAGUACAUCCCUAAUGGAUUACCUAGUUU